AUGCCCGCCCGCGUCACUCCGCGGGCAGAAGACGCACGUCGGGGUGCGGCUUCUUCAUCGCGAGGCUGCUCCUGGUUCUGUCACUCGCUCCUCGCGGAGGACCCCGAGAGCUCCAGCGCCUGCCUAGCGGCAGUGGCAACAAUGCAAGGAACUUCCCGCACUCCGGCCACCAGCGUGAAUGCUGACUGCUGCAUCCCGGCUGGCUUGCGUCUGGGGCCCGUGCCUGGCACCUUCAAGCUGGGCAAGUACCUGUCAGAUCGCAGGGAACCAGGGCCCAAGAAAAAGGUGCGCAUGGUGAGAGGGGAGCUGGUGGACGAGUCAGGGGGCUCCCCUCUGGAGUGGAUAGGGUUAAUCCGGGCAGCCAGGAACCCCCAGGAACAGACCCUGGAAGCUAUUGCAGACUUACCAGGAGGACAGAUCUUCUAUCGAGCAUUGCGAGAUGUCCAGCCCGGGGAAGAGCUGACUGUAUGGUAUUCUAACUCCUUGGCUCAGUGGUUUGACAUCCCUACAACUGCUACUCCAACUCAUGAUGAGAAAGGGGAGGAGCGUUACAUCUGCUGGUACUGCUGGAGGACAUUUAGAUACCCUAACAGUCUCAAGGCACACCUGCGUUUCCACUGCGUGCUCAGCGGCGGCGGGGGCCGCGCCUUCCUGCAUCAGGAGCACGCGGCCAGGCCAGGCCCAGCGGCAGAAGGCUUUGGCCUCCCUCCGAAACCCACUGCUCCAGACUUGACCGCGCCCAUCCAGCCAGGCGCUUUGCGGCCCCAGGCACAGGCCACUCAACUCGCCCAGGCCUGCGGGGCGCGGGAGAGCAUCAAGCGCGAGGUUUCCUUGGCGCCCCCGGCCACCUCAGCGUCCCCGGGCAAGUGGGGGACUCCCAGAAAGGGCAAGGAGCCACCAGAUCGCGCCCUGGACGCCGGCGGGGCGACCCGCGCACACAGUCACUUCCUGGGCAUCGUGGGCGGCUCCCCAGCCGCGGGCAGCGGUCUGGCAUUCUACCCCGGCGUGCGCUCGGCUUUCAAACCGGCAGGCCUGACCCGGGCAGCCGCGCAGGGCGACCCCUACCGGGAAGAGGGCGGCAGCAAGGGACCCGGCCUGGCAUUAGGCCGGCUGCUGGGUGGGGGCCGGGCCGGCGGGCGCCCCAGCAGUGGGGAGAGCCCGGCUGGCCACCACCAUCACCACCACCACGCUCACCACCACCACCACCACCCCAAGUGCCUGCUCGCGGGGGAGCCGCCGCCACCCGGCUUGGCGUGUCCCGGGGCCCUGCGCGCCUUCCCCCUGCUCGCGGGCCACACGGAGGAGGUGUCGGCCUUCAAGCACGUGGAGCGCACCCCACCCGCCGCUGGGGCGCUGCCGGCGGCGCGCUAUGCAGCUCUCCCAGCACCCGGGCUCCCCCUGGAGCGGUGUGCACUGCCGCCCCUCGACGCCGCCGGAGGGCUCAAAGGCUACUCCAGCGGCGAGUGCAGCCCGCUGCCCGCCGUCAUGCCAGCCUUCACGGUGUACAGCGGAGACCUGCUCUAUGGUCCCCCUGCCGCCUAUUACCCGCUCAAGCUGCACUUGGGCGGGCUGCUCAAAUAUCCGGAGUCCAUCUCCUAUUUGAGCGGGCCCGCGGCGGCGGCGGCGGCGGCGAUCGGCCCGGCCGAGCUGGGCUCCCUGGCCAGCAUCGACCGCGAGAUCGCCAUGCACACGCAGCAGCUGUCCGAGAUGGCGGCCGGGAAGGGUCGUGCCCGCUUGGACUCCGGGACGCUGCCUCCGGCCGUAGUGGCGGCAUCAGGCAGCGGCGGCGGGGGCGCAGCAGGCAAGCCCAAGACGGGCCACUUGUGCCUCUACUGCGGCAAGCUGUACUCGCGCAAGUAUGGGCUCAAGAUCCACAUGCGGACGCACACCGGCUACAAGCCACUCAAGUGCAAAGUGUGCUUGCGGCCCUUCGGGGACCCCAGCAAUCUCAACAAGCACAUCCGACUGCACGCGGAGGGCAACACGCCCUAUCGCUGCGAGUUCUGCGGCAAGGUGCUGGUGCGCCGCCGGGACCUGGAGCGUCACGUCAAGUCCCGCCACCCUGGCCAGAGCCUGAUCGCCAAGGCGGGUGACGGCCCGGGCGCGGAGCCAGGCUAUGCCCUGGAGCCUGGGGAUCCCAAGAGCGAGGACAGUGAUGUGGACGUCUGCUUCACGGACGACCAGAGCGACCCGGAGGCUGGGGGUCGAGGCGAGCGCGACUCCUAACGCUUCCGAGGAAGGGGAAGGGGCGUGGACGGGGUAGAGUGAGGUGGUGACAAGACUUGGUUGAUACCGUGGUUAUUUUGAGGAGGGUGUCGGAUUUGGAACAGUGAGCCACUCCAGUUCUGGAGUGGAACAACGUUUAAGGAUGGGUUGAACAACAACCCACAGGUCAUGGGUCUCCACAAUUCAGGCCUCUAGACUCUGGCAUAGCCCCUCUCUCUGCAGGCAUUCUGGUCUUGGGGUUCAGGAUCACAUCAAUAUAAGCAUCUCAGUGCCCUCAAACGUGAUGAUUUUUAGCUGCCACGCGUUAUAAAAACGUUCUUUUCUGUGGAGGAAGUCGUGCCUUUUGAAAAGAUGUUUCACGUGAAUUUUAUGUUAGCAUUUCACUGCGUAGGCAAAACAGUAGAUGUGACACCCACAUACUUGUUUCCGUUUUUUAUCAUUUCUUCUGUCACAGACCACUCCUUGCCACUUUGAGUAUACCGUGGUAGUGGAUGUACAAAUUGGUCAAGUUGCAAUUAUUUAUGAGAGAAUAAUGGUAAAUGUAAAAUAACGCAUGAAUCUAAGAGCACGCAAUAUAUAAAUUUAAAAAAAUCCUAUUUGGUAGAGUCCAAAUGUGUAUGUUGUUUUAUAAUGAAUAAUGUACAGUGGAUACAGUACUUUCGCUCUUGUUUCCAUU